CUUAUAUCUAUAUCCAAAAAAGUUCACAAUUCAAGUUCCAACGUAAAUGUUAUAGCAUGCACAAACAUCGACCACUGGUUAAACCAAUGGUCUUUGUAACAACUUCUGGUUACAUUAUAAGUGUAAUUGGACCUUACUAUAGCGACGGAAAAAACAACGAUGCACAAAUAAUGAAGCACAUCAUCUAAUAUGACAUUGAAGAAUUUAAGGAAUGGGUGGCUGAGGAUGAUAUUAUGAUUGUUGACCGUGGUUUUAGAGAUGCACUUGACUUGCUGCACGAAAUGGGUAUUCAAACAAAAAUGCCAGCUUUUAAUAAAAAAGGGGAGUCACAACUUCCAGUUGAAGACAGCAACGUAACAAGACUUGUUACGAAAAUCCGUUGGGUGAUAGAGUCCGUUAAUGGCCGCAUUAAAUCGUGGAAAUAUCUAGAUAGAGUUCUACCAAACAGCCAAAUUCCAUUUGUGUCUGAUUAUGUCAACAUUGCCUGUGCAAUCAUGAACAAAUAUUGGCCAGAACUAAAUACAGGGGACUCAGAGCAAGAUGAACAAUUGGCGUCUAAAAUGCUUUAUCUUUCAAAGCAAAAAAACUUACUUCAUGAGAAAAUAAUAGAGGAAGGCCUUGACAAACGAUCUUGUAAAUGGCAAAAGAUUGAUGCUUCAGCCACCCCUUAUUUUCCCCGAUUAUCAGAAGAAGAUAUAAGAAAUAUUACUGUUGGAGUCUACCAACUUAAACUUGCUCCAAGUUAUACCAGAGAACACUUAGAUGACGAUGGUAAUUAUGAAGUUUUUACAUGUGACCAUAAAGAGAAUCUUUUGUGUGCUAAAAUUCAGUCAAGACAUAUAUCAUCAAAAUGCUAUCGUGUAUGGGUUAAAUAUGAUGACAUUAGUGUCGUGGGUUGGUAUUGCCAAUGCAAAGCCGGAAGUCGUGUUGUAGGAACCUGCUCUCAUGUUACAGCCUUAAUUUGGUAUCUUGGUAUUGGAAAGUACACGGAUAAUAUUUUUGAAAACUGUCGAGAUUGGAGCAAAUAUCUUCUGGACGCUCGUAAUCUGCCAGAUCCAGUUACUGUUGACGAAACUGACAACGAGGAAGCAAAUGAUGAAGAGUGAAUGACAUGAAAAUUCAUAAUUU